AAAAUCUGACAAAAGUGGUUGACCUAAAGGUCGUAAAUACCAGGUCAUAAAAUCCCAAAAAAAAAGACAAAAGUGAAAAAUUUUGAAGUAUUUGGAAAUGAAAAUGAAUGUAUAAAAAAAUGACAAAAGCUCCAAUUUAAAUUACUAUAUCGCCAUUCGACAAUAGCAUAACUUAAUACCUCAAUACAAAAACAUCAAACGCGACAGAUGCUCCGUCAAAGAAACAAUAUUUUAGUGACAACUUUUUAUAGACAAUUUACUACCUCACCUCAGUUUUGUGCCAGCCACUAUGAUGUGCUUGGAGUCACACCAAAAGCGACCCAGAACGAUAUAAAAACGGCUUACUAUAAACUUUCCAAAGUACACCACCCGGACAAAUCUAAGGAUGAAGCAUCUAUCAAAAAGUUUCGAGCAAUAACAGAAGCAUAUGAGGUACUUGGGAAUAUUCAACUUAAAAAAAUGUAUGAUAGAGGUCUCUUAGUUGGUAGAGAGAAUACUUCUCGUAUGGAAUACAAACCAGAACCAGAACCUACAGAUCCUACCCUAAAGUUUUACAAGUCCCAUGCAACUCGCAAUAUCACACCCACCAUGGACGGGAAAGUUCCAAUUUAUGACUUUGAUAGUUGGUCCAAACACCAUUAUUCAGAUGUAUUUGCAAAGCAGAAAUAUGAUAAGGAAAUGGUACGAAACUCACAAGAAAAACAACAGAAAAUAUUAGAAUCUACUAAGCAAGAAGGAAUUAUUUGGCUUGUUAUAAUCAUAGGUGGUUUGUUUAUUGCGGUGUUACUUAAUGGACUCGAUGAUUAUGAUCAAAAUCAGUUACAAAAGAAUAAUAUAGAAAAAAAAUGAACUUCUACAAAUAUCUGAUAUAGAUAAAAACGAAUAUGCUAUUCAAUUAUAGCAGAUUUGCAUUAUAUUAGGAUAAUAAAUCACAAUUUACUAUAUUUAUUUUUAAAUAAUGUGUAUAUAUUGUAAAUAUAGUUCUUUAUUUUAAUUGUGAUAUUAAUUGCAUAAAAUGCAAACAUAUUUUUAAACUUGUUUAAUAACAGCAGUCCAGAAAUUAAAGAAAUAAUAAUUAACAUGAGGAUAUAGUAAAUAAAAACUUG